AUGUCCGAAAAACCCGAGAACGUAGAAGCAAAGGCUGCUGCCACCGAUGUUUCCAAUACGGCGUCUGACCAAGUAAGUAUAGAGCAGGUUGUGCCAGAAGGUGUCGACAUAGCUCUGGGUUGGUUCGAGGAGAUGCGAACUAUUCCCGUCGAGGAGCUUGAUGCAGAGAGCACCGCUGUUCGGCAUCGAUGUGACUGGAUCUUGAUGCCCAUAAUCUGCAUUACAUAUGCUCUUCAGUUCUUGGACAAUGCUGUGCUUGGAUAUGCGUAUGCAUACGGCAUCCUUGAGGAUACUGGCAUGACUCCGGGCGACUAUAACUGGUUAGCUAGCAUCUACUACUUUGGCUAUCUAUUUUGGGCGUACCCUUCGACCCUUCUUCUCCAGAAACUCCCGGUGGCGACCUAUACAACUGUCUUGAUCCUCCUUUGGGGUGUUCUGACCUUCAUGUGUUGCGUUGCCAAUUCCUUUGCAGGCUUUGCCGUUCUCCGUUUCCUUCUCGGUUGCCUGGAAGUCGGCAUCACGCCCACCAUGAUGGUCAUCACCUCCUCAUUUUACAAGCGUGAAGAGACGCCCGUGCGAAACAGUUUCUGGCAGUCAUCGUUCGGCAGUGGCGUGGUGGUCCUUUCGAUCGUGUCGUACGGGCUCGGAAAUAGCCACAGCAACAUCUCAAAUUGGAAACUCGUCUUCUUGUUCGUCGGAGCCAUCACGACAGCCUGGGCCGCUGUGUUUUACUAUUUCGUCCCCAAUACUCCCACCGAGACUCGGUGGCUUACCCGUCGUCAAAAGUUGGUCGUCAUUCACCGGAUCUCAACCAACAAGAUUGGAAUCAAGGACAAGAAGAUCAAGCCUUACCAGAUCAAAGAGGCACUUCGCGACCCCAAGCUGUGGCUUCUUUGCGCCUUCCAAAUCACGAACGGUAUCUGCAACUCCAGCGUCUCUGCGUUUGCUUCGCCCUUGAUCGAGGGCUUUGGGUUCAAUGCGCUCCAGACAGUCCUUCUCCAGAUGCCAACUGGUGCAUUUGUCGCUGUGAUCGAACCGAUUUUGGGCUACAUUGCCACCAAGACGGCCAACACCGUCAUCUGGAUCUCGAUUGCCGCAAACAUCCCCAACGUCGCGGGGCUCUUCGGCAUCCGCUUCAUCUCUCGGACCGAAAACCACAAAUGGGCGCUUUUGGGCUGCACUUGGCUGCAAUUCAUCUUCGGCGUGACAAACUUGUUCAGCUGGACACUCGCAGCUUCCAACUUUGCGGGUCACAGUAAAAGAUCAUUUGUCAAUGCAGCGGUAUUUGCGUGCUUUGGCGUCGGCAAUUUGAUCGGACCUCACAUCUUCUUCCCUUCGGAGGCACCAGUGUACGAGUCCGCCAUUACUGGGCUGCUGGUCUGUUUUGGAUUGAGUAUCAGCUUCAAUCUUGGCCUGCGCACCUACAUGUGGAACGAGAAUAGGAAGAGAGAUGGAGCGUUUGCGAGUGGUGAGAUUCAGAAUGUCGAUGGAGAGCUGGAAGGUUUCUAUGACAAGACUGAUAUGGAGAACAAAGCGUUCAGAUAUGUGUUGUAA